CCCUGGGCUGCUCCAGGCUGCCCCAAGAGCCUUUGAACUCCAGUGUUCCCCAGCAAGACCCAGCGGGUGCUGGUUCAGGCUGUGAGGCACAGAGCGAGCACAAGCCUGUUCCCAGCAAGCCCCAGUAGUUGCUCCCUGCACAUGAAUAACCCAACCUGGUGGCACUGAGCUGCCUUUUCUGCAGCGUCACUCUCUGUCCUGCACUCAGCAUGCAGUUUUUAUUGCUGUGUGUGAGUCUGGGUAUGAGAUUCCUGUUCAGGGGCUGAGGCUUUAAGUGCUCUGGGCUCUCCUUGCUUUGCACAGCCUCCUCUGUGUCCCACUGCUGACCUUCAGGCAGACUUCACUCGCCCACGGUGCGCUCUGAUGGCCUGAUGACCCUGCCAGGCCGCUGCUGGCCAGUUCCUCUUGGGGUCCCUGCAGCUUUGAUGGCCUGGACACCGUGACUUGGCUUCCUAGCACUACACUGACCUGCUCAGGGGAGAGGGAGAUGCCACAGAUCCUGAUUUUCUAAGCCUCUGAUGCCCACUUCUGCUGUGGAAGCCUGUGCCUGCGGGUUAGAUGAAAUGGCUACAGGGGGUGAGAGCUGCUGGGGGGGCACUUGGCAGCGCCUCUGCAGGAGGAGUGCACCCCUGUUCUCGCCUGGCUCCUUCCCUCACACCUGCAUGGUAACAAAGUUGUGGGCUUGUUCUCUGGGUUAUGAUGCCAUUUGGUUGGGGAUGCUGGAGGACCCAGGUCUACCUUGCAAUGAGCCUGGCAAACAGGAAAAGUGGCGAGAAAAAGAGCAGAGCAGUUCAGUGACAUCAAACACGGGGUCCUGGGGGUAGGCAGGUACCAGGGACUAUGCAGCUGCAGGAGAGGGAACUAAUGACGUGGCAGCACUUCCACAAAGCAGAACCUGUGGGACGGAGCGGAUCACGAGCCAAACAUGUGUCAACAGCUCAGAGCAGUGUGACAAAAAGGAAAUAGCAGCCUGGUGUAUGCGAGCAGGUUUCUAUGGGAGGCCGUGGUCUAUGGAACAGAGGAAACUUCUCUUUCAAUGGCUGAAGCACCAGGGGCUGAACUGCUACAUGUACGCGCCCAAGGAUGAGCUGAAGCACCGGCUGCUCUGGCGAGAGCCCUACACAGAGCAUGAGCCCACAUGCGGUCUCUCAUCGAAGCUGCCCAAGAGCAGGGUGUGGAGUUUGUUUUCGCCAUUUCUGCUGGCCAGGACAUGGUGCUUUCAAGUGCUGGGGAUCGGCUCUUGCUGCUGCAAAAACUCAGGCAGGGGUGCUAGCAGCCUGUGCCCUUGCCUGCAGGUGGCUGCCAUGGGGUGCCACUCCUUCGCACUGCUCUUUGAUGACAUUGACCCCUGUAUGUGCCAAGCGGACAGAGACGUCUUUCCCUCCCUGGCGCAGGCUCAGGCCUCUGUGGCCAACGAGGUGUACCAGGAGCUGGGCCAACCAUCCGUCUUCCUCUUCUGCCCUACAGAGUACUGCAGCUCGCUCUGCUCUCCCAGCCCCAGACAGUCCUGCUACCUGCUGACCAUUGGCCAGGAGCUGCUCCCAGGGAUCGGCAUCAUCUGGACAGGCCCGAAGGUCGUGUCGCAGGAGCUCUCGGCUGUGCUGCUGGAGGAGGUGGAGGGUGUCUUGCGACGCCCGCCCGUCAUCUGGGACAACCUGUAUGCCAACGACUACGAUUGCAGACGUGUCUUCCUGGGCCCCUACACGGGACGUGCCCCCGGGCUCGUGCCCAGGCUCCGUGGGCUGCUCCUCAACCCCAACUGUGAGCUCCAGGCCAACUUCAUCCCCAUACACACACUGGGCAGCUGGUUCCGGAGCGAGCUGGGGAGUGGUGCCCACCCUGAUCUCACAGGGACAGAGACCACAGCAGCCCUGGGGGACAGCCAAGGCCCGCAGGAGGGGAGCUACAGCCCCCAGGAGGCCUUGGAGCUGGCGCUGCGUGACUGGGUGGCUGAGAUAAACCGGCAGGCCUUGGAGCAAGGAGGAAGGACCCCGGGACACCCCAGUGCCAGCCUCAAGGGAGGAACGAGGCUGCAGCCUGGCACAGCGGGAGGACAGGGGGUAAUGCCUGACCCCCAGCCCCACGACUCUGUUCCUGGUGGGGCAGACCAGCAUGGCCCUGAGCCCUGCAGCAUGGCAGCAGGUGAGGGAAGGAGGAAGGCAACCCCGGAGCCUGAGAAGGGCAGUGGGAGCGGGUCCCCUGCUGAUGGGCGGCAAAGCCCUGUGGGGGACGGGAACCACCUCACCCCGGGGAGCAGAGGGAGCUGUGAGCCCUCAUCUGCUCUGCCCGGCAUGGCUGGGAGUGCUCAGUCCACAGGAACACCGGAGGCUACUGAGACCCUCCACAGCCCAGGUCCCACCAUGUGCUGCAGCAAUGGGGCCACCAGCCAGAACCUCCCCCUACCCACCGGUGAUGCCAGGACAGGGGGUGGCAGCCCCUGCCAGCCCCCCAGCGGUACCCAGCCUGAGGCCAGCAGAGCUGAAAUGCCCCAGACACCCCCAGGGCUGGGGGCUGGCACCACCCCUGGCCCCACAGCACCACUCACCAAUAGGGCUGGCACCACCCCUGGCCCCACAGCACCACUCACUGAUGGGGCUGGCGCCAGCCCUGGCCCCAUGGCACCACUCACCGAUGGGGCUGGCACCACCCCUGGCCCCACGGCACCACUCACCGAUGGGGCUGGUGCCAGCCCUGGCACCACAGCACCACUCACUGAUGGGGCUGGCACCACCCCUGGCCCCAUGGCACCGUUCACCGAUGGGGCUGGUGCCAGCCCUGGCCCCACAGCACCACUCACCGAUGGGGCUGGUGCCAGCCCUGGCCCCACAGCACCAGUGAUCCCAGAGGAGGCUGGGCCCAGCCCCGUGGCCCUGCUGACCCUGGAGGAGGCUGUGUCUGGCCCCACGGUACCACUGACCCCCAAGGAGGCCGGGACCAGCUCCACAGCACCGCUGAGCCCGGAGGAGGCGGGGUCUGUCCCUGUGGCACUGAUGACGCUCGAGGAGGACACAUCCAGCCCCAUGGCACUGCUGACUCUGGUGGAGGUGCAGAUGCUGGUGGAGCUCUUCUACUUGCCGUACCAUCACGGGCCACUGGCGCAGCGUCUCCUGGAGCACUUUCGGUGGCUCUGGGCAAACAGCCUCAGCGUGGGGGUCCCAGCCCCGGCAGCGGAUGCCUGCGAGGGCACGCAGUGGCGCGGCCGAGCCCGGUCCUUCCAGCUGCUCUGUGCUCAGACGUGCCGCCUGCACAGCCGCUUUGUCAGCAGCGCCGGGCGGGCGUUGCUCUACGACCUCCACCCCUACCUCUGGGACAUCCGCAACAUGCUGCUGGCCGCUGGCGCCCUCGUCCUCUGGCUGGACGGCCAUCUGCUCUGCGACCCUGACCCCAAGGGCACCUGGAGAAGCUGCUUUGGCUGGUGCCAGAGCAUCGCUGCCCCGAUCCCGCUGCGGGGGGAUGCUGAGCCCUGGGCACGUCGUGGGGGCCUCUUUGGAGAGCUGCAGGCGCUGCUGCCCGUGGGGAACAGCUGUGACCUCUUCUACCACCCGCCUCCACUCUUCCCAUCCAGCCAGCUGUACCUCCUGCGCCCGCUGCUGCCCCUGGACAAGGGAGAGCUUUACCGAAUGUGCCGGGAGAGUUUGGACUGUGACCCCGAAGUCGCAGAGAUCCUCGCGGCCCACCCUGAUCUCCUCGGGGACAGGCUGCUGGGCAGCUUCCUGAGCCUGAGCCCCGAGUACACGUUUGUGCUGGAGGAUGAGGAGGGUCCAUGCGGCUACGCGGCUGGAGCACUCUGCGCUGAGGGCUUCCUGCAGCAGCGAGACAGCAGCUGGCUGCCGGCUGUACGGCACAAGUACCCCCGAGACCUGGGCGCGGGUGCCCCAGCUCUGGGACAGGAUGCCCUGGAGGAAGCUCUGCUCUUCUUCCACGCAGAGCCGCCGGCAGUGCCGCUGCCUGUGCUGCGGCGCUUCCCCUCCCUGGUGCAGCUGGGCACAGCCCCCCGUGUGUUGGAUGUGGGGGCCAGCCGCAGCCUGGCCAUCUGCCUGCUGAGCGCGCUCAGGGCCAACGGGUCACGGGGAGUGUUCUGCCAGGUUAGUGCCGCUGACCGGCAGCAACUGAGCUUCUACGGCAAGCUGGGCUUCGUCGCCCUGCCAGUGGCCUGGAGCAGCUCUCCCGGCGCUCAGCUCCUGGGACGUCUCCUCUGAGCAGGCUGCGGUGGGUGUGGGCACGGGGGGCAGUGCCACCGAGCCCCCAUCCCAGCAGCACCGGCCUAAGGGAGCUGCAGUAGCGCGGCGCCGCGAGCAGGGUGGUACCUGCCGGGGGGUGAGCGGGGUGUCACCGGGCUGCACGCAGGGCAACAGAGAGGUGUCUCUGCCAUCUCGGAGAUGUGGGCAUCAGGGCCCCUCCGCUCCUCCUUUGCCUGUUCCUGCUUGCUGAGCACCCUCCUGCUUUGCUGGGGAGCCAGCAGCGCCCCCGGCCGUUUGCAGAGCUGCAGCGGGGCAGUAUCUGGGGUGGGGGUCUCCGAGCAGGCUGAGCUGUCCGGCUCUCUCCACGCCACACACUGGUGCCGGGGCUGGCUCCCAGCACCAAGAACCUUGUCUGGAUGGACCCAUCUGGUGCGGGACACGGGGAGGCAGCCUCCCCUGCUGCUGCCAGGGGCUGCGGGAAGUGCUGUCUGUAGCAAUAAAGCAUUUGCUGGGCUAUCACCAUGGUUUGUGUCCUGGGGAGGG